AUGACCUCGCGUACCAGCUCGAGUGAAUCGGCUGAUUCGCAGUGGUCCCAUCAAGACCCGCCCGAUCCAAAGAAGGAGCCCAAGAAUGGCCUGGGGACGAGGAUCAAAAAUGGUUGGGCCAGGCUGGAGUUGGACAUCCCGACCGUGACAUUGAUGAUGAAAGGCGCGAUUCCGCCAACGAUAGCUUUAGCGGCCUACCAAGCCGAUUCGUUUGCCUCGCGUUUUAACACGGUCGGAUACCUCGUGGCCAUCGUGUCGGUGCUAGGUUUUGCCAUCAUGCCUCGCGCCAAGUUCAUCCAGAUGAUGAUUCUCGAUGUCUUGGCAGUCUGCACCGCCUCCGCCGUGGCUCUGCUGAUGAUGUAUUCGAGCGUGAAAGCUCGCGAACAUACCGACCCGUCUUCCAUUCCCACUUCCUCCAGCUCGAACAUCGUGACGAACGGGAGUGGUGGCAUCACUGCGACGCCGUAUAAUUCGUCGGCGUCGGUGGUCAGCGGCGUCUGGCUGUUUUUCGAGAUAUACCUCGUCCACUCGUUCCGUGCCAAGUACCAGCAGUUUCAAUUUCCCGUGAUUAUCUACUCGAUUGUUGCCAAUGUGACGUUUGUGUACGCUCCACGGUUGCCGACAAUGGCCGCCUCCAUUAGCAUGGUCAAAAAACUACUCGAGGCAUGUCUUACCGGACUAGCCUUCUCGACAGGCACCUGUCUUUUUAUCUUCCCCGUCACGUCGAGGAAAGUAGUCUUCAAGGAAAUGGCAGGCUACGUCGGAGGUCUGCGUGCGGCUCUAAAUGCGCACACGGCUUAUUUCGGCACGCUUGAACGGGAUGAUAUGUUUGGACGUGCGGAGACGUACGACUCUCACGUGGAAAAGAUCACAGAGAAGGGCAAGGUUUACAGUCCCGAGGCUGAGGCCAUUCGGGAGGCCGUUCGAAAACUCACCGAUCUCCAUGCCAAGCUUCAUGCUGAUUUGACCUUCGCAAAGCGAGAGAUGGCGAUCGGAAACCUGGGGCCCGACGACCUGCAAGCUAUCUUUAGGCACCUGCGGCAAAUCAUGAUUCCAAUCGUCGGACUUAGCUUUGUCGUCGAUAUCUUCCAGCGCCUGUCGGAUUAUAACAAGUGGAACCAGCCAAUCGAUCCUAUGGGAGCUGAACCGCCGGACGUCAUCCGCCAUCGGGUUGUGCAGGAAUGGAACGAUAUAAUGAGAGCAGUUCAUGAUCCAUUUGAUUCAAUGAUUCACACAAUUGACGAGGGUCUCCAGCACGCUUUGUUUGCGCUCAAACUGGCUAAACCACCCAAGAAAACCGCUACAGAUCUGGCGAACAGCUCCCCAGACGUGGAGGCUGGCCCUGGUCCCGGCGACAAAGAAUUUGCCGCAUAUUUUGAAAGAAAGGUGCGCGAAUUUAAGGUGGCCAAGAAAAUUGCUCUGAGAACCUGGAGCGAAGAAAAGGGGAUCAAGUUACCUGCCGACUUCUUUGAUCGGCCGUCAUCCGCAAAUUUGAAUGUAGACGACGUUCCUAAGGACGAAUACGGAAUUGGCCGCGAUCGAAGUAGGCGACAACUUUACCUAUUCCUUUAUAUGGAACAACUGCUCAAUUCCGCUGGUCAGGUCGUAUUGGAAUUCGUCCGUUUUGCAGACGAGAGAGUCGAAAGUGGAAAGCUUUCCAGGAAGCAUCUGAUAAUCCCAGGCUGGAAGCGUGUGCAGAAAUGGGGACUCAGCGUGUUCAAGGCAGAUGAUUCCCACGAAGACGACAACAUGGGUGACAUGCACACUCAGAACAACAUAUUACAGCUCGGAGAGGCCUACAGGCAUCGAAGGGAUCCAGAGCAUCUUCCCUCAGAUACCGUAUGGGAAAAGCUUGGGGACAAAAUCAGAGUUAUUCCUUCGAUCUUGCGGUCAUCUGAGUCUGCGUACGGUUUUCGAGUAGCCUGUGCGACCAUGACUAUUGCAGUGGUGGCUUUCAUCCAUGACACGCAGACCUUUUUCAUCAAGCAGCGCUUCGUGUGGGCUAUGGUCAUGGUCAACCUCAGCAUGUCUCCGACCUCCGGUCAAAGCAUCUUUGGAUUUGUCCUUCGAAUUCUGGGGACAGUUUUGGCUAUGAUACUCAGUUUCUUGUGUUGGUUCAUACCUGGCAAGAAGACGCCCGGUAUCAUCGUCUUUUUCUUCAUAUUCGUAUCCAUCAUGUUCUAUAUUCCGAUCAAGAUGUUCCGGUUUCGCAUCAUUGGCAUUAUUACUAUCAUAUCCACGUCCAUGAUCGUUGGAUACGAGCUCCAGGUCCGCAAGGUCGGCGAGCAGGUUGCAACGUCUAAUGGACAGCCAUAUUACCCCAUUCAGCUUCUUGCGCCUUAUCGCCUGGCGACCGUGACCGGCGGUAUUGCGGUGUCGUUCUUUUGGACCUUCUUCCCGUAUCCUAUCUCGGAACACUCCGUCCUGCGUCAGAGUUUAGGGGCCUCGCUUUAUCUUCUGGCAAAUUAUUAUUCGAUCAUCCAUGAAACAGUCAAUGCUCGCAUGCGUGGUGACGAGGGCGACGUCGCGUUGAAGACCUCGUCCGGGCGUCGGCUUUUGAAGGCCCGUAACAAGGUCUUUUCUAAGCAGAUGCUUAUGUUGACUGGUUUACGAACUUAUUCCGAGUUUUUAAAAUGGGAAGUGCCGAUCGGGGGUCGGUUUCCCAAGAAGCAAUAUGAUUCUAUCAUAUCAUGCAUAGAAAGUAUUGUCAGUUAUCUGAGUCUUCUGGGGUACGCGUCGGACACUCUCUUGCAGCUAGGUGAUGAUCCCGAAGACAGCAACUCUGUCUGGCUUCACGAUUUCCGAAGACUGGUGGCCAGCGCACGUAUCACGACCCAUGAGAUUACCUCUGUGUUAUGCCUUCUAUCAGCCAGCAUCACCAAUCGACAACCGCUGCCACCAUACCUCAAGACACCCCGACCUUAUAGCUUCUCCAAGAGACUCGAAGCUCUUGACAGUGACAUUCUCAGUCUGCGACACAUCGCGGAGCCUGGGUUCGCAACUUUUGCCGUGCUUCAGAUUUCGACUCGUUGCAUUGUGGGCGAUGUAGAUAGACUCAUGCGCGAUGUAAAAACCUUGGUCGGAGAACUCGACUUUUCGUUCCAUGCUGUGAGCACGGCGCACAGUGCCAAGUCGUCGGCUGAUGUCUCGCGCUUUUCGAGGGCGACCGAUCGCGAUAAAUUAGAGUAG